UUAAUAUGAGAGAGGAAAAAACUCGACCCACGCGCGUCUAUUGGGCUCAGUUAUGAAUUUUGGUAAAAAGUGGCCUAAAUCCGUUGACUAGUGUGUGCCGAUUAUGACGUAACGCGCCUAACGCGCGAGAACUGCACGUGGGAUAUUAUUAUUAGUUAAACUCAUUUUUAAUCUUAUUAUUAACUUAUGAAAUUUUGGUCUAAUUACUUAGAAAAAGUUUCCCCGACAUAUUUAAAAUUUAAAUCAUGUUUACUCAUAUUUCCUUUUGCUUUUGCUGAUUAUACACAUAAUAAUACAAGUCAUUUCUAUUGUCAAGCAAAAUUCAUUACAUACAAGAUUGAAGAGUGUAUAAUCAUUUUUUCUCUCUCUUUCUCUAUAUAUAUGUCAUAUGUGCAUAAAGAUUUUGGUUUUAUCUAUAAAACAAGACAAGAGGCAAAUGGUAGACCCAAAAAUCAAUCUUUUGGUAGCCUUUUCAUCUCUCUUGCAUCACAAGUAAACAUCUCAUCAUUCAUUCCCACACAGCACUGAAACUCAAGCAUUUUCUCUCUCAAAUCCCAUUUCCCUAGCUAAAAGGUUCAAAAUUCCACAAUAACAACAACAACAAAAGACCUAUUUUGUGAAUCUUUUCUCUUUGAUAUAUCUUCUCUAAAUUAAAAGUGAUUAGGGCAAACUUCUACAUAGCAUGGGCUACAUCUCCAACAACAACCUCAUCAACUAUUUGCCCCUCUCUACUACUCAACCUCCUCUUCUUCUCCCACACUACUGUGAUAUUAACGGCAAUGAUCACCAUCAGCUCAUCACUGCAUCAUCAGGAGAACUCGAUGAUGAUCGGAAAAAUAACAUUCCUGCGACGGCGACUUCAAGAUGGAAUCCGACACCCGAGCAGAUCACGAUGCUAGAAGAGCUUUACAUGAGCGGAACACGGACACCGACGACGGAACAUAUCCAACAGAUAGCAUCUAAGCUUCGUAAAUAUGGGAGAAUCGAAGGGAAGAACGUUUUCUAUUGGUUUCAGAAUCAUAAGGCUAGGGAGAGACUAAAACGACGCCGUUGUGAAGGAGGUGCUCUUAACAAACCACAUAAAGAUGUCAAGGAUUCAUCAUCAGGUGGUUAUCGAGUUGAUCAGACAAAGAGCUGCCCAUCUCUUCCACACACAAACCCACAGCCACAGCAUGAAUUAGAUCCUGCGAGUAACAAUAAAGACAACAAUGCUAAGAAUGAAGAUCAUGGGACAGCUGAAGAAUCUGUGAGGGCAUCAGAGGAUGGUAAAGACGCCACGUGGAGAAAUCUUGUUACUUGGUCGAUAACUCAAGAACCUGCAGGAGAGAUUAAUAUUGACCAAAAUGUCAACGGAGAAGGACAAGAAGAAACGAGGGAGAUUCGAACUUUAGAUCUCUUUCCGGUUAGGGAGAACCACGAGGAAACAGGCCGGUUUACAGAGAAGACGAAAGCAAAUCAAGUGUUUUGCAACUACUGCUACUACUACGAGUUCAUGCCUCUGAAGAACUGAAACAAAAACCCAUGUGUGAGUAAUAAAUAGGACAAAGGGAUUUAAUGAAGGUUUUACUUGUUCUUUUGUCCAGAAAUGGUAAGUGAUGUGUUCUUACUUCUUAGGUAGAAGAGAUGAGUUUGAAGAUGGAGACGUGUAGUAAAUGUUAGGAGCGUUUGAAUUUUUAAGGUUCUUUUUUUACGACUUUAGGGUUUUGAUUUUGAAUAUUAUUAUGGUUAUAUAAUAGUUAUUACCCAAAUGUGAAGGUGGACCAUGUUGGGGCUUGGGUUUGGAGCUGCAACCAUCUAAUACAUGUGUCUGAAAGUUAAACUGAAAGCUUCGAUGGUUCCUUGUCAAUGUAAGGAAUAUAUAUUAAAUUAGAUGUAAUUGUUAGUAAUUGAUGUUUUUCUACUUCUUCACAUGCUUUCUUCUUUCUUUUCUUCUCCCACUGCAAUUUACAUGCGACUCUCUGAGAGAGACAUUCGAUGCUGACAUUGCACUGUGUAUAGAACUACUUAAGAUUUUUCAGGGAAUUUAGCAAAUGUGAGGUUUAUUAUCAAAAAAGUGCGUACCGUUGGGGAAACCAAACUGACAUUUGGGUUUUGAUGGAAUGAAGACAAAACAUCUUUAAUGUUUGCCCAUUUCUCAUUUAUUUUGUGAAUUUAAUGGAAACAAAGGAUUACUCAUUGAUUUGUGUUUAAAAUCGAGCAAGAGAUGUUCAAAUGUCUAUAGUUUCUGAGGUAAUAAUUAAUCUACCAGAAACAGAAUAUAUGACCCAUCUUUUGUACUUUUAAGAUCAUGAAUGUAUAAUGGUAUGAAAAAAUGCUUUUCGAGACAGAGGAUCAAGAACACUUCCUAAAGACAACUACACAAAGCAUUUAUCACUUCGACCAUAACUCUUUAAUUGACUCUAUCGUUUCUGCACCUAAAAGAUCUGUCCCACGUUUCUUUUGCCCUGGUACAAUUACAAUAGGACAGAGAUAGUUUUGUCCCAUUCCUCCAAUCACAAUAACAUUUCAAACAGCUUGACAAUUAAAAAAACAGUAUC